AUGGUCGGUGUAGCAGGCAGAUCGAAGGGCUGUCGAACAUGCCGACGACGAAAGAAGGGUUGUGAUCUCCAAGAGCCAAUAUGCGGCAACUGCAUAAGAACAAAUAACUUUUGCGAAUACGACCGGCAGCAGGUUUUUAUUAAUAUGUCAGGGCCAGGUAGAGGCACGGGAAUGGUUGUUGCCAAGCAUACUGUUCCUCGUGCUGACAUUGUCCUUCGCCAUUCAUUGGCCCGCACAGCCUACGAAGACAAGUACCUCAGUCUGUUCUGGAAUAGUUGGUUCCCUUGCGGACGGCAAUCUGCUGAAAUAUUACCCAAGUACCCAAUCUACAGCUGGAUAUCUUGCGCAAGGGAUCUGUACCAGCACGACAAAGCACUUUGGCGUACACUACUUGCCAUGUGUUUCUGUACUCUUGGACGGCAAAGUGGCAAGUCUGAACUAAUGGCAGAUGGUUUUCAGAUGUAUACUCAGGCUUUGAGAGAGGUCAAUGCCAGCCUGCGACAUCCUACCAGGUGGAAAUCGGAUGCGGUAAUGGUUGCAUCCCGGGGCCUUGGGCUUUUUGAGCUGUUGUAUGGCAAACAGGAUCAAAGCCAAGUUGAAGGCUCGCAAGCGAGAAGCUGGCAUGGCCAUAACCUUGGUGAACUAGCCCUUAUCAGGUUACGAGGCCCAGAAGCAUAUAUCGAAGGUUAUGCACACACCCUCUUUGCAGAGGGGAGAAUGCAUCUGGCCAUCGCCGGAUGUAUGGACCGGAAGAGAAAUUUCCUUAGCGAAGAUGCAUGGAAGACUAUACCUUGGACAAAGAUCCCCAAGUCUCCCAAGGACGUUUUGCUAGACAUCUUAAUUGACUUGCCGGCUCUCCUCGAGGAGGUGGACCUCCUACAACAAGCACCCGGAUCAGGCGCUGAAAUAAGCCGGCGCUUCAUGCAGACAUACCAGCGCCUCGACCGGGAAAUCGCCUGGUGGCUCCAGAACCUCAGUCCCCCCCGCAAGAUCCUCGACGACCUCCAUGAGCGCAACUAUAAGAACCCCACCGCCGACGACCUUGCCGUGGCCCAUAUCAUGACUCAUUUCUGGGCGGCAUGCAUCGUGGUGUACAGCUCACUUCAUAUGGCUCUGUUACUACCCAAGUUUACCGGGAUAGAUUCCAUUGUUUUCACAGAGCGUACGGAUCCACGGCCGUACUGCGUCCAAAUUGCAGACGUGGUAGACAUUUUCUUCCAACCUGAAGCAGGAACUUUUGGCCUUCAUUCGGCGCCGUUCCCCGUGGGCAUGGCGAUCAAGUAUCUCAUGUUCACCGAAGGUCUUACGUCGCCGGACUGUGCCAGACUGAUUGGAUACUUCAGCAGACAAAGCGGAGGAGCGGCGAUGGGUAGGUUUCUGAUGAACUCGUAUCCUGAAUGGACCAAAAACGAGUCACGACCCGCCAAACUUGAGGACGUGGUAUAG